UUUUGACACUUUUUAUGUUUACCUAUAAAUAUCUCUAACCCUCCAGUGUCGGUGUUCUUGUGCGUCACCGCUGAAAUCUCGCUUCUCCCUCCUUCAUAUCAUAUUUUCCACACAAGUCCAACCCACACACACUUUCUGGUAGCUUCUCUUUCUCUUCCAUUUCUGGAUUUCACGUUUCUUUCUAAUUAGGGAAGCGCAUUGAGCAAGCAAUUUGCAGAGAAACAAUGAGUUUGAGUAAUGGAAAUGGAAACGUUCCCUCGCCAUUACCGAAUGGUGAUGGGAACACGAAACAACCGUUCAAGAUCUUCGUAGGGUAUGAUCCGCGUGAGGACAUUGCGUUUCAGGUAUGCCGACACUCGAUCUUGAAGCGGUCUACAGUUCCUGUUGAGAUCAUACCGAUUAAGCAAUCAGAUCUGAGAAAAACUGGUUUGUAUUGGCGUGAGAAAAACCAGUUCGAGAGCACUGAGUUCUCCUUCACCAGAUUCCUCACACCUGAAUUGGCCAAUCAUCAAGGUUGGGCCAUGUUUGUGGAUUGUGAUUUCCUCUACUUGGCUGAUAUCAAGGAAUUGAUAGAUCUCAUUGAGGAUAAGUAUGCAAUCAUGUGUGUGCAGCAUGAUUAUGCUCCUAAGGAGACAACAAAGAUGGAUGGUGCUGUGCAAACUGUGUAUCCUAGGAAGAAUUGGUCUUCUAUGGUGUUGUAUAACUGUGGCCAUCCUAAGAAUAGUGUUUUGACUCCUGAUACUGUGAAUUCUCAGACUGGUGCUUACCUUCAUAGGUUUCAGUGGCUUGAGGAUGGUGAAAUUGGGUCAAUCCCUUUUGUUUGGAACUUUCUUGAGGGGCAUAACAAGGUUGUUGAGAAUGAUCCAACUACUUUGCCUAAGGCUAUCCAUUACACUCGUGGAGGGCCGUGGUUCGAGGCUUGGAAGCAUUGUGAAUUUGCUGAUCUCUGGCUCAAUGAGAUGGAUGAGUACCUGAAGCAAGCCACGAAAGAAUCUACAGUUUAGAUUGAAUCAGGAUACAUUCGGGGAUCGGGAUCGAGAUCUUCUGUACUCAAAUGGUGUCAUCGUGUCACGUCGGUCACUGAUGAAAUCUUGUCAUGUCAAUUGAAAACGACACGGGUGAGUGAGGUAGCUACAAACUUACAUUGUGGUUUUUAAUUGCCAUGUCAAAAUCUUAUUGGCGGGACUUGAAUUCGAGACACCCGGAUAGAAGAUUUGAAUCCUGAAUUCAGAUAUUGUAGGCUUGUAAUGUUGUCUGUUAAGAGUCAAUUAUGGCCACGUACUAUUCUUUUAUUUCAUAUUCGUUAUGCAAAAUCUGCAUCUGAUGAAGAUGCAUGUUAUGAUGAUAAUGAUAAUAGGAUAGUCCAUAUCCUUAUGUAGUUAGUAUUCUUACUGUAUUACAUUACAUUUGCAUUGGCAUUUCAGAGUAAAAAUGCCCUUCAUUUUUUAUUUAUAUAGUGACCUCUGUAGGUUCUUUCAAGAGGUAGCAUUUGUGUAUUGAAUAUUUUAAUGGAAGCUUCACUUUUACUAUUACAA